CCUGGUCGCCCAUCCACAUUAUAUUUCAACAACGUUGGAAGAAUUUGCUGUCCAGGCGCGGUGGACGAGUGCUACGUCCUCCACCAGCGUCGCCGCGAUCGAAUCGAGAUUUAAUUGCAGGUCCGGAUAGAGACAUCAAAGUCUCCUGUAGCACAAGCGAGCCCUCAGGUGAUCUACCAGCCCCGUUACAUAAUUGAUGACCCAAACUGUGCGGCAAUACAACCGUUUUCCCUCAGCAUCACAGCCACUGCAUGACCAGGCUAGAUUGAGCGCUUUACCUCUUACCCCUCUCGGCAAAGGAACAUCACCCCCGCCAAAUGCCUAAACAUCCAUUUUCCAUCUUCGCCUCACCACAACCGCCAUGGCUACGGAUGCUCCGGACACAGGAUCGUCCGAGCUACCGCCAUCCUACGACUCCUUAACCGACACGAGCGCCAACGAACUCCUCCAGCCAACAAUCCUCGUGCUAGCCGGGCAAUCCAUCCACGCCGAGUCAGCCGACUCGGCGCCGCUAUACCAGCUGAACCGCGGCAUAGCCAGCCUAUCGCACGCGACGCAAGAGGUAGAAUUCUCGCGCGUCGAGCGGACCGUCCGGACCGGCUCGUACGGCGAGCCCGCCAUCAAGCCGCGCGUGCGGCACGUGUACAACCUCCGGCACACGGGGGGCGGCGCGCCCCGCUCGCUGCAGUCGCUGCCGUCGGACGCGCCGCACUACUUCAUCAGGGCCGUGUCGCGGAGGACGGUUGGGCACGUGGGGAUUAAGAAGUCGCGCUUCCGGUCCCAGUGGAAGGCGGUGCAGAUUGACGUGUCGGGCAGGAACAGCGAGCUCGGGCUGCCGCAGUUCGUCAGGGACGCCGGGCCGCUGUUUGAGAUCCGGCGCAGGGGCGAUAGGUAUGAGUGGACUGACGGGGACGGGAAGGACGUCGCCGUGGAGGAUGAGGGGGAGGAUCAGCACCGGCUCCUUGUCACGGCCUCGCUGCACCGGGAGACUAUGGAUGCGCUGGUGGCAUUGUGGUGUUGUCGGAUCUGGCAGUUUUCGGCCGACCACAAGGAGCGAAUACACGAGGGCAUGGAAGGAGUGAGACGGAAGUUGAGGCUAGCCAAGGAACAAUAACCAGCUGCAAUUUUGAAGAGAGAAAAAAAAAGAAGAAAAAGAAAGGGGCUAUCCGGGAGUCGAACCCGGGACCUCUCGCAGAUAAGCUUUGGGUGUAACCCUAAGCGAGAAUCAUACCACUAGACCAACAGCCCUUGUAUUGCUGAUUAAUACUAACUGCAAGAUAGUGAAAUAAUAAAGAACGGUCAUCUCAAUUAGCAACAAAAGAAAUAAUAACAGAGUUGAAAGAAAAAGAAAGAA